UUGUUGCAACUUUACUCUUAAACAUCAUUUUCAAAGUUCAUAAUUUUUGAAAUAUCUUGUUAUUGGUUUCUAAAUCUUCAAAAUUUACAAACAUGUCAAUCACUGAAGGGUUCUUUACUAAUGGUGUCACUGAAAUAUUAAAGAACUUGGUUUCUGCUAUUGCUCAAGAGAUUAGUCUUGCUUGGGGUGUCAAAGAUGAUUUGAAAAAGCUUCAUAAAACCUUACAGAUGAUCCUUGCCGUCAUAGCUGAUGCGGAGAGGCGCCAAGUGACUGAUUUAGCUGUGAGACUUUGGUUGAUAUGGCUCAAGGAUGUGGCUUAUGAAGCCGAUGAUGUGAUGGAUGAGUUCUCUUAUGAGACCAUGCGUCGGUGUCAAAGAGGGAACCGCUUGAAGCAUAAGCUACACGAUUUUGUUUCUUCCUCCAACAAUCCUCUUGUUUUUGCUUUCAAGAUGGCUAAGCAAAUUAAGGAUAUUAACAGAAGAUUAGACGAAAUUACUAAACAAAUGUACACGUUUCAGUUGCAAGCUGCGCCAGUUUAUACUUCUAUGGUUCAUGGUGAGAGUAGUGCGCAAUGGAGCCGGCAAACUGCAUCCUCUAUAAAUGAAUCCGACAUUAUAGGACGGGAGGAUGAUAAGAAAAGGAUAGUAGACCUUUUAACAAAGGUCAUUCCAUCAUCGUCAUCAUCAACAUCAUCUGAUAACAAUCCGGAAAAGGUCUCUGUCGUUUCCAUAGUGGGGUUCGGAGGACUUGGUAAAACAAGUCUAGCUCAGCUCGCCUACAAAGAUGAGUUGGUACAGAAACAGUUUGAGCUAACAAUGUGGGUACAUGUAUCUGAAUAUUUUGAUGUGGAAAAGCUCUUAACAAAAAUUAUGGAGUCUUUGACUCGAAAGAAGUUUGAUACUUUGUCAAACUAUGAUGUACUAGUAAGUACAGUUGAAGAACAAUUAAAUGGGAAGAGAUAUCUGCUCGUACUGGACGAUUUAUGGAACGAAAAUGCUGAUCAAUGGGAAAGACUCUGCGGUCCAUUGCUUGUUGGUGCUCAAGGGAGUAAAAUACUAAUAACUACCCGUAAAACUCAGGUUGCAGAUGUUGUUAAGGGGAGUAUUCCUCCUUAUAAACUGGAACAAUUACAACAAGAUGAAUGUUGGUCUAUCAUCAAGAAAAGAGCUUUUUCUCCCGAUGGAGCAGCAAAGACUCCAAACAUGAUAAACAUCGGAAAAGAGAUCGCAAAAAGGUCUAGUGGUUUACCACUUGCAGCAAAAUUUCUUGGAAGUCUAAUGCACUCGAGAAACAAGGAAAGUGAUUGGUUGUCGAUUAGAGAAACCGGCAUCUGGAAUACACAAGAAGGUCAAAGCGAAAUCCGUCCAAUACUGAAAUUGAGUUAUGAUAACUUGUCGCCUCAAUUGAAACAAUGUUUCUCUUAUUGCACCAUCUUUCCAAAAGGUUGUGAGAUUGAAAGGGAUACGUUGGUUCAUUUAUGGAUGGCAGAAGGAUUCUUGGGGCCAUCAUCUAACAUCCAAAACGAACGAUCAAUUGAAGACAUCGGAGAAGAAUAUUUUGAUAGUUUGGUGUGGAGUUCAUUUUUGGAUGCUUUGGUGAAAAAAAAUGAAUUUGGUGACAUAAUCGCGUGCAAGAUGCAUGAUCUUGUCCAUGAUCUUGGACAACAAUUUUUCGGGGAACAUGAGUGUGCGGCAGUCAAGGUCAGUGAGUUGGAAAAAACUGAAUCUGAUCUUCGACGUGUUCAAUUAACAGCGGAUGCGGUUUUAUCAGAGAGUUCUUCCGAAGCCUGGAGUAGACUGAAGAAACUUCGAACAAUUAUCAUCCCCGAACCAAAUUCUAAUUCAAAGGAUUGUACAUUCUCAAGUAACAAGAAAUUGCGUGUGCUACAUUUUGGUCGUAUGGCUGACAGUUGUCCAGAUUCUGCAAUGCGGGUUGCAUAUAAGUUAAGGCAUUUAAGGUACUUCUAUCUUUCCAAUAGAAAUCUUAAUGGUAUGACUCAUGAUGACCAUUCCAUCAGUAAGUCUUACAAUUUGCAGACAUUGGUAUUACGUGAAUGCACCAAUGUCCAAAAUCUUCUUGAAAACAUGGGGUCUUUGAAAAAUCUAAGGUCCCUUGAUAUCUCGUUUUCAGAUAUUAGAGAACUACCCGAUUCUGUUACUAGUCUAUGCAAUUUGCGAAAGUUAAACCUCUGUAGUUGCAGCAGCUUAACCACCUUUCCCAAUUCUGUCACUGGUUUGAAAUAUCUAAUAUUUCUUAAAAUGUCACAUACACCUAUUGAAGAACUACCUGGAUUCAUCAUCAACCUUCACAAUUUGCAGACAUUAGAUGUGUCCUUCUGCAGGAAAUUAAAAUCCUUGCCGGAGUUUGUUGCCAGUCUUGUUAAUUUGAAGAUAUUCGAUUUCAAAUUCUGUGAAUUACUUCAAGCAUUGCCCAAAGAUUUUGGAUCAUUAACACAGCUUAGGAAGAUUGACCUAGCGUCUACUCAAAUCAAAGUAUUACCCGAGGCAUGCACUAACCUACACAAUCUUGAGUUUUUGAAUCUUUUUAUGUGUGAGGUUCCAAAAGAGGUAACGAAUUGGAUAAAUCUGAGAUACUUUUCUCACAACAACAGGGAAGCACCAAAGGGUAUAGGAAAAUUAGUUUUGCUGCAACAUCUGACUUACAGAGUGCGGGAACAACUUAUCAACGAGCCUGAACGUAAUGAUGGUAUUGAAGAGUUAGGUAACCUGAACUUUCUUGAGGCACUGGGUAUUCAGAAUCUUCAAAACGUGAAAGACCCAAUUGAUGCUGAGAGAGCAAAUUUGAAAGGAAAACAGAAUCUUCGGAAAUUGUAUUUAAGUUGGGGUAAAAUAGAAGAAGAGCUGGGUGGGACCAGAAGUCGUGUAAUCCUUGAAGUAUUCGAAGCUCUCCACCCCCCCGCUGGUUUGAGGACGUUGGAUAUUCGUAAUUUCAUGGGGUGUGACCUUCCCACGUGGAUGUGUGUUCCAUCUGGUCUUCCAGACUUGGUAUGGUUGAACUUGGACAUUAAAAACUGCAAAGGAAUUAAACAACUACCAGCAUCUAUUGGAAAGCUCCCACGUCUCAGAGUUAUGUUGCUUAGAGGAAUGUCUUUAGAGAGUUUAGAUAUUGGUGGUUUUCCUUCCUUGAUUCGUCUCGAACUUACAGAUAUGUUCCUUCUAGAAGAACUGUGUUGUUCAUAUCCUCCUUGUCUUCAAGAUCUGUGGAUUAAUGACUGCCAAAGGUUAAGAGAAAUUUCUCCCUUUCUUUCCCUGACGUCAUUGGUACUUGGGAAGGUGGACGACAAGUUAGUAUGCUCAGUUGGGAGAACCCAGACAUCUCUCCAGAUCCUAAAUUUGAGGAAUAUUGAGGGUCUUAUAUACUUCCCAAUAAACAUACUCCAAAGCAAUCGUGAUCUUCAACAUAUGAGAAUUUGGCAGUGUAAUCAUUUUCAAGGCUUUCGAAUUUAUGAUGAUGAGAAUCAGAACGGGGUUGCUCUGUAUGGACCUGAACUUUCCAGUGGCUCUCUUCAAUAUUUGUACUUCGAUGAUUGUCCAGUUCUUAAGUUUCUUCCAGAUUUACGAGGAUGGACUACUCUUCGAGAAUUAGUCAUCAUGAAUUGCCCACAAGUGAAGGAGUCUUUGAAAUAUGAUCUGAAAUCCCUCUCGUUCCUUAAAAAAUUGGAUGUUGAUUUUAUUCAAACAGACCAGGAGUAACAGGUGUUUGAAUGGCUAAGGAGAAUCAUAAAUAGGAAGGCGACGUGUGUAUGAAUUUCAAUACCAUGUCAUCUUCUAGUGCGGCAUGUAGCUGAAUGAACCGUAUGAAAGCAGAAGAUAAGACAAAGCAGAUCCCAUUAUUUUGCCGAAAUCAUACUGUUCUUAGCUCAACAGUUUUCAUAUUUGACUUUACAUAAAUGCUGCAGACGAUGGAAUUAUGGAACAAUUAGAGCAUCUCGCAGAAUACUAAUAAUGUUGCAGUACUAAUUCUAGAGAAAAGCACAGAUUGCUCUCUUAGCCCACUCCUUGGAGCAAUUUACUUAUCAAGAUUUCUUUAACAGCUUGGAGAAUUUAGGGUCUGAGGUGCUUUCUGAGUGUUUUUUUGACUGUUCUGUUUAAACAUUCCAACAUAGGUCAUGUGUUAAUUGGGUGCUGCAAUAGUAAUCAGGCACUAUCUCACCACUCUCUUAUGGAACUAAUUUCAUGUUUUCCGAAAAACUAUAGUUGCCUACAAAAUCCCAACUGUGAUGGGAGUGCACAAUGAAAUACA